GCCGCCGCCGCAGGGCCGGCGGGCAGCGAGCGGCAGCCGGCGGCAUGAGGCGCGACCCGGCGCCCGGCUUCUCCAUGCUGCUCUUCGGCGUCUCCCUCGCCUGCUACUCGCCCAGCCUCAAGUCGGUGCAGGACCAGGCGUACACGGCGGCGGUGGUGCUGGAGGGCAAGGUGCAGUCCGUGGGCCCCCCCGCCGGCGGCAAUGACAGCCGCGGCGCCGGGCCCGCCGGGGGUGUCCUGGUCAAGGUGCUCGACCUGUGGCCCCUCAACAGCGGGGGGCUGCAGCGGGAGCAGCUCAUCAGCGUGGGCUCCAAGGCGCCCUGCUUCAAAGUGAAGCGCAACCACCGCUACAUCUUCUUCCUGGAGCCCACCGAGGAGCCGCUCGUCUUCCACACCGCCUUCGCUCCGCUCGACACCAGCGGCAAGAACCUCAAGCGGGACGUGGCGCGGAUCCUCUGCGCCGACUGCGCUGUUCCUCCCAAACUGAAGAAACUGAAAAGCCCAAAUGUUCACGUGGGUGAGAAGAUUUCCCUGAAAUGUGAGGCGACUGCUGGGAACCCUCAGCCAUCCUACAAAUGGUUUAAAGAUGGGAAGGAGCUGAAGAAGAGCAAAGACAUCCGGAUCAAGUAUGGGAAUGGGAAAAAGAUUUCCAGACUGCAGUUCAACAAGGUGAAGCUUGAAGAUGCUGGGGAGUACAGCUGCGAAGCUGAGAACAUUUUAGGGAAAGACACCGCCAAAGGCAGCCUGAAUGUGAAAAGUGUAACCACAACUCUCUCCUCCUGGUCCGGGCAUGCCAGAAAAUGCAACGAAACAGCCAAGUCCUAUUGUGUCAAUGGAGGGGUGUGCUACUACAUCGAGGGCAUUAAUCAGCUGUCGUGCAAGUGUCCGAUCGAAUUCACAGGAGACCGGUGUCAGCAUUUCGCAAUGGUCAGCUUCUCCAAGCAUCUUGGAUUUGAAUUAAAGGAAGCAGAGGAGCUCUACCAGAAGAGGGUUUUAACCAUCACGGGAAUCUGUGUGGCCUUGCUUGUGGUGGGCAUCGUCUGUGUGGUAGCUUACUGUAAAACCAAGAAACAAAGAAAACAAAUGCAUAACCACUUGCGGCAGAAUAUGUGUCCUGCGCAUCAAAACCGGAGCCUUGCCAACGGGCCAAGCCAUCCACGUUUGGAUCCUGAGGAAAUCCAAAUGGCUGAUUAUAUUUCUAAGAAUGUUUCUGCCACCGAGCACGUGAUACGAAGGGAAACAGAGACAACCUUCUCGGGAAGUCACUCCUGCUCCCCGUCCCAUCACUGCUCCACAGCCACUCCAACCUCCAGCCAGAGACAUGAAAGCCACACCUGGAGCUUGGAGCGAACAGAGAGCCUGACUUCGGAUUCCCAGUCUGGGAUAAUGCUGUCCUCGGUGGGAACCAGCAAAUGCAACAGCCCGGCGUGCGUGGAGGCACGGGCGCGGCGCGGGGCCACCUUCUGCCUGGAGGAGCAGCGGCGGCCCACGACGCAGUACCGCGACUCCGUGGACUCCCUGCGCGACUCGCCCCACAGCGAGAGGUACGUGUCGGCCCUGACCACACCAGCACGCCUGUCGCCCGUUGACUUCCACUACUCGAUGACCACGCAGGUGCCCACCUUCGAGAUCACGUCCCCCAACUCGGCGCACGCCGUGUCCCUGCCGCCGGCGGCCCCCAUCAGCUUCCGCGUGGAGGAGCAGCAGCCCCUCCUGCGGCGCUACCAGCUCCCCUUCCAGGACACGCAGAGGUACGACAGCUACUACCAAAGGAAGACCUACCUAAACGACAGCAUGGGGAGCCUGCCCUCCAGCCCCUUCCGCAUCACGGAGGACGACGAGUACGAGACGACGCAGGAGUACGUCACAGCGCUAGAGCAGCCAAAGAAAACAGCCAGCAGCAACAGGCGGUGGAAAAAAUCCAAACUGAACGGGCACAUCCCUCACAGAGCCAGAGCCGUCCGGGACUCCUUCUCCUUGAGCAGCGCCUCUUACAGCGAGUCUGACGAGGAGCUGGUGGCCGAGAGCACGCCGUUCCUAAGCACUCAGAACAAUGAGGCGGCGCACGCGGAGUCGCCGCCGCUGCACCGGCCGGGCGACAGCCGGACUCACUACUCGUGCCGCGGGCACAGCGCGCACGGCGACGGCGGCCGCGGCAGCAGCCUGGCGCACGUGGCGCCCAAAGCGGACCCCGACUCUCUCUAGGCGCAUGGGCAACCCACGUGGAGCAGGCCGAGGGCGAGACAAAACCACGCAAACCCGCAGAACGAGACAAAACAGAACACACACAAAAAAAAAAAAAACAAACAAACACAAACGAAAAAAAUAAAUAUUUUUAUUUUAUAUAAAAGAGGGAAAAAACAAAAAAUAUAACAAAUAAAAAUGUUUUAUUUUCAUUUUAGCAAAGUUGUCUUAUAAUAGCUAACGACAAUGACUUUUUUAUAGGGAAUCUCUAUUUAUAUGUAAUGUCUUGAUUUACAGCUUCCGAGAAAAAAAAAGUAAAAAAAAAAAAAAAAAGAAGAAGAAAAGAAAACAAACAAUAAAGUUAAAAAAAAAGUGGGCCAAUUUUUGACUACUUAAAAAUAGAAAACAAAAC